ACUCGUUUUUCAUGACUCCUGUUUUAAUCUCUCAUUUCUCAGCACCUUCCCAGAAACCUUCGUAGCCUUUCAUUUCAUUUUCUCUGUACUUAGUUUAAAUCUUUAUUCUCUUUUCCGUUAUCUAUCUCUCUUUCUCUGGUCAUAAUAACCUCAAGUCGCUUCAAUAUUUUUCAUAAUCCAAUACCAUCUGCAAACUCUGCAAAGUGUUAGAGACUGUACAGAGGUGUUACUUAACAAUUCUUGAAAUCAACUACUUUCUUUUCCUUCAGUAGCUCCUCAAUUGAUAAACUCCCAUGAGUAAUCUGAAGCUAGGGGUAGAGGUUGUGAGCGCCCAUGACCUCGUGCCCAAGGAUGGACAGGGCUCGGCCAAUCCCUUUGUAGAGCUCCAUUUUGAUGGUCAGAAAUUCCGCACCACCGUUAAAGAGAAAGAUCUCAAUCCUGUUUGGAAUGAAAGUUUCUACUUCAACAUCUCCAAUCCAAACCACUUAUCAAACCUCACUCUUGAUGCCUAUAUAUAUCACCAAAAUAAAACAACAAACCCCAAAGCCUGUCUUGGAAAGGUUCGUCUUACUGGAACAUCAUUUGUACCCUAUUCCGAUGCUGUUGUUUUGCACUAUCCUCUGGAGAAACGCGCCAUUUUGUCUCGUGUAAAAGGAGAGCUUGGUUUGAAAGUUUUUGUGACUGAUGACCCCUCAAUCAAAUCUUCUAACCCGCUUCCUGCAAUGGAAUCCACUCUGCAUACAGAUUCAAGAUCAACUGAACCUCAAGCACCAUCACGGCUUCCAUUCUCAGUCCGAAACAUUUUUUCUAAUGACAAAAGACACACAUUUCAACAUCUUCCAAACCCGAAUGUAUCGCAGCAACAGCAACAUCAACAUUCUGCCCCACCAGCAACACAGCCCACGAUGAAUUAUGGGGUUCAGGAGAUGAGAUCUGAACCACAGGCUCCUAGAAUUAUGAACACGUUCCCUGGGUUAUCAUCACAACCGACUGAUUAUGCACUUAAAGAAACGAGCCCUUUCCUUGGAGGUGGGCGAAUUGUUGGAGGGCGAGUUAUACGUGGUGAUAGACCAGCUAGCACCUAUGAUCUUGUUGAGCAGAUGGGAUACCUUUUUAUACGUGUUGUGAAAGCCCGUGACCUUCCUUCAAUGGAUGUGACAGGGAGCCUUGAUCCAUUUGUUGAAAUAAAGGCCGGGAACUACAAGGCAAAGACAAAGUAUUUUGAGAAGAAGCAAAACCCGGAAUGGAAUGAGGUGUUUGCCUUUGCACGGGACAGGUUGCCGUCAUCUGUGCUGGAAGUUGCCGUCAAGGAUAAGGAUACGCUAAUGGAUGACUUUGUUGGGCGUGUACGGUUUGAUCUGAAUGAGGUUCCUACACGAGUUCCACCUGAUAGUCCAUUGGCUCCGGAAUGGUAUCGCCUUGAAGACAAGAAAGGAGAGAAAACAAAAGGGGAACUAAUGCUUGCUGUCUGGUAUGGUACACAAGCUGAUGAAGCUUUUCCUGAUGCUUGGCAUUCAGAUGCUAUUACUCCAACCGACAGUUCUUCAAAUGUCUCCACUCAUAUCCGUUCAAAAGUUUAUCACUCUCCAAGACUGUGGUAUGUCCGUGUCAGUGUGAUUGAAGCACAGGACCUUGUAGUUUCUGAAAAGAAUAGGUUUCCUGAUGCCUAUGUUAAAGUUCAAAUUGGUAACCAGAUUUUAAAGACAAAAUCUAUGCAAUCGCGGACUAUGAAUCCAGUCUGGAAUGAGGAUUUGAUGUUUGUUGCUGCUGAACCUUUUGAAGAUCCUCUGAUUCUUUCAGUUGAAGAUCGUGUGGGUUCCAACAAAGAUGAGACCAUUGGGAAGGUUGUUAUACCAUUGAACACUGUUGAGAAGCGUGCUGAUGAUAGAGCUAUUCGCUCACGGUGGUGCAAUAUUGAAAAGUCCAUGUCAGCUGCCAUGGAUGAAGAUCAGAAAAAGAAAUAUAAGUUUGCUAGUAGACUCCAUGUUUGCGUGUGUCUUGAUGGAGGAUACCAUGUCCUCGAUGAGUCAACUCAUUACAGCAGUGAUCUCCGACCAACGGCCAAGCAGCUCUGGAAACCAUCUAUAGGUGUCCUGGAACUUGGAAUUCUAAAUGCUAAUGGGCUCCACCCAAUGAAAACCAGAGAAGGAAAGGGUACAUCAGAUACAUAUUGUGUUGCAAAGUAUGGACACAAAUGGGUUCGUACACGAACCAUAAUUGACAGCUUGAGUCCAAGAUACAAUGAACAGUAUACUUGGGAAGUUUUUGAUACUGCCACGGUUCUUACCGUGGGGGUUUUUGAUAGCUGCCACGUUGGUUCAAAUGGUCACAAAGACAUGAAAAUUGGUAAGGUUCGGAUUAGGAUCUCCACUCUUGAAACUGGUCGUGUUUAUACACACACUUACCCGCUUCUAGUUCUCCAUCCCUCUGGUGUCAAGAAGAUGGGUGAAUUGCAUCUGGCUAUACGAUUUUCAUCCACAUCAUUCACGCACAUGAUGUAUCUUUACUCACGACCUCUGUUGCCAAAGAUGCACUAUGUAAGGCCACUGAGUGUAAUGCAGCAGGAUAUGCUGCGUCACCAAGCUGUCAACAUUGUGGCAGCUCGACUUAGCAGGUCAGAACCUCCUUUAAAAAAGGAAGUAGUUGAAUACAUGUCUGAUGUGGAUUCUCACCUAUGGAGCAUGAGGCGCAGCAAGGCAAAUUUUUUCCGUCUGAUGACAGUUUUCUCAGGGUUAAUUGCUGUUGGAAAAUGGUUUGGGGAAGUUUGCAAGUGGAGAAAUCCUAUCACCACAGUGCUAGUACAUGUUCUGUUUACGAUGCUUGUGUUCUUCCCAGAAAUGAUUUUGCCUACUGUGUUUCUGUACAUGUUUCUGAUUGGGCUUUGGAAUUAUCGUAUUCGACCAAGAUAUCCUCCUCACAUGAACACAAGAAUUUCUUAUGCGGAAGCAGUGCACCCAGAUGAGCUAGAUGAGGAAUUUGAUACAUUUCCAACAACACGAAGUCCAGAUAUAGUUCGGAUGAGGUAUGACAGGCUGAGGAGUGUGGCUGGGAAGAUACAGACAGUGGUUGGUGAUGUGGCUACUCAAGGAGAGCGGUUUCAGGCAUUGUUGAGUUGGCGUGAUCCUCGUGCAACAACCAUAUUUCUGUUAUUCUGUCUGUUGGUUGCAAUUGUGUUGUAUGUGACACCUUUCCAGGUGUUUGCUCUUCUAGCCGGGUUUUAUGUGAUGAGGCAUCCCAGGAUCAGGCAUAAGACACCCUCUGCACCUAUUAAUUUCUUCCGACGCCUUCCAUCAAGAACAGAUAGUAUGUUGUGAAAUGUGAAUGGGUUUAUAGGGGUCUUCUUGCAAAGUGUCUCUUGCCAAUUAGUCAAGUUUCAGUCAUUGGCACUUUCUUGUAAAGUUCUGGUGUAAGCUUCUUGUGUUUUUGGUUUAGUCAUCGUGGAAGUUGGGACUUAUGUAAACAGUUAUGCAUAACCUAGAAAUCAAAGGUUAAUUUAUAUAAAUCUGGUGUUCUAUAGCAAAAUCAA